CGGGGCUGAUCCCCCCAGAUGCCACCUUGUACUUCGAUGUGGUCAUGCUGGACAUCUGGAACAAGAAGGACAAGCUGCAGAUCACCACCCUGUCCAAACCGGAGCGCUGCAACCGCACAGUGGAGAACUAUGACUACAGCAAGGACAGCACCUACGACACCUACGUGGGCACGGGCUGGCUGAUCAAGGGCAUGGACCAGGGGCUGCUGGGCAUGUGUGCCGGGGAGAAGAGGAGCAUCAUCAUCCCCCCGUUCCUGGCCUAUGGGGAGAAGGGCUACGGGACCGUGAUCCCACCGCAGGCGUCGCUGGUGUUCAGCGUGCUGCUGGUGGACUUCCACAAUCCCAAGGACGGCGUCUUCCUGGA